CAGAGGCGUCUAAAUCAAGGACCUCCAUACAGGCAGCUGAUGAUACUGCCAGCUGAUACACUAUUCAUAAAAAAAAAAAAAUAGAUAAAGCAGCAUUUUGUCGCUGCAAACCUGUUCGGAUGGAACAGAGGAUGGUUGCAUUUAUUAUAGUCAGUAUAAUUUGACGAAUGUCGGUGUAAUUUAAGGAGGAAAUGCGUGAGUUUAUGGAGUCAAAGCUUUAAAUGAGGAUCAUGGCGUUUCCGGAGGGAGAAUCACUCGAAUCCUGGCUCAACAAAGCCACACACCCGACCAACAGACAGGAGGACUGGGAAUACAUAAUCGGGUUUUGUGACCAGAUCAAUAAGGAGUUGGAAGGUCCUCAGAUAGCUGUGAGACUCCUGGUUCACAAAAUCCAUUCUCAAGAAUGGGAAGCUCUUCAAGCUCUGACGGUAUUAGAGGCAUGUAUGAAGAACUGUGGGCGGAGAUUUCACAAUGAAAUAGCCAGAUAUCGCUUUUUAAAUGAGCUGAUUAAAGUGGUUUCACCCAAGUAUAUGGGGGACAGUGUUUCUGAAAAAGUGAAGAAUAAGAUCAUUGAGAUGUUGUACAGCUGGACGGUGGCGUUUCCCAAUGAGGCCAAGAUAGCAGACGCGUACCAGACGCUCAAGAGACAAGGACUCGUUAUGUCAGACCCAGAAUUGACGGUGGACAAAACCCUGAUCCCGUCCCCUCCGGCACGGCCCAAAAACCCAGUGUUUGACAAUGAGGACAUGGGGAAGUUGUUGGCUGAACUUCUGAGAAGCAAAAACCCAGAAGAUCUUCAGGAGGCGAACAGACUCAUCAAAAACAUGGUGAAGGAGGACGAGGCCCGAGUGCAGAAAAUGACUAAACGCAGCAAUACUCUGGAGGAAGUGAACAACAACGUCAAGCUCCUGAGUGAAAUGCUGAGUCAAUACGACAGGACCCGAUCAUCAGACGCUGACCGUGAGCUCAUCAAGGAGCUGUAUGAGCGCUGUGAUAAACUCCGACGCACCGCGUUCAAACUGGCCACUGAAGCAGAGGACAACGACUCCAGUUUGGGUGACAUUCUCAAGGCAAACGAUGAUUUGUCCAGAGUAAUCAGCUCUUAUAAACGAAUCGUAGAAGGACAGGCAGACGACGGGGACGGUGAAGAUCUCAGACCAGCUGCUAGUGAAGGACGUGAGACCACGGGCACUUUGAUUGAUCUGGCUGGACUGGAUGAACCUUCCUCUCCCCCGACCGUCCCCCCUCCUUCUCUUCCUCCUCAGGUCCUGUCAGCCAAUCCCACGGCCUCGUCCAUCCCCGUGCUGCCGCCUCCUCCUCGCCGAUUGGCCGGCGGUCACAGCAGUCAGACGAGCAGCCCCAGUCACAAACCACCUGAGCAGCAGAACUCUCUCUCCCUGCUGGACGAUGAACUCUUGUCUCUCGGACUGAAUGAUCCUCCCACUGUGCCAAACAGACCAAAGUUGGAUGAGUUGUCUGGUCAGUGGACGUCUCUACAGGCUCCUGAUGCGGGCCUGGACCUGUUUGGGAGCUUCUCGGCACCGAGCGCUGUCUUUCCAACAACACACACACCUGCACAAGCCUCACACACACUGGCCGUCAGUCAGGGGCUGCAGGACCUCUCUAUGCUGGACUUUGGAGGUGGAAAGAGUGUCUCUGGUCUGAGUGGCAUUGCUGGAGGUACUUUUGGUCUUUCUGGAGGUGUGAUGGGCUCCGCAGCUGCCCCUCUUCAGUCCACUAACCCGUUUGUGAGCGCGGCGGCACCCAGCUCGCCCGCUGUGGCCCGGGCUCAGGUGGUGACGGGCGGCUCGGCUCCAGGCAGCCCUUUCUUUCAGCCCUUCUCUUCUCCAUCUCACUCGCUUCAGAGCAGCCCAGCGCGGAGCUCAGACCCCAGCCUCUCCAACCUAAACGUCCCGCUCGAGUCCAUCAGACCCAGUAAAGUCUUACCUGUGACCAUGUACGAUAAGGACGGAGUCCGUGUUCUUCUGCACUUUGCGAUGGACUGUCCACCGGGUCGACCGGACGUCCUGGUCAUGGUGGUGUCGUUGCUCAACACGGCGCCGUUACCUGUGCGAAGCAUAGUGCUGCAAGCAGCUGUGCCCAAGUCUAUGCGAGUGAAGCUUCAGCCUCCAUCAGGUGCAGAGAUCCCGCCCUUUAACCCCAUCCUGCCCCCCGCAUCCAUCACUCAGGUCAUGCUGCUCGCCAACCCACUCAAGGAGCGUGUGCGUUUGCGCUAUAAGCUGACGUAUCUUCUGGGAGAGCAUCAGUAUUCGGAGGUGGGAGAGCUGGAUCAGUUUCCUCCAGCGGACAGAUGGGGGUCCCUGUAGAUUUACCUCGCCGUUUGCCUGCUUCAACUCUUAAAUGUUCAUUCCCAAGUAUCAGCAUUCAUUUGUUUUCAGUCAGUGUUUUACUGUAGGCUUGUGAAGCAGUAUUCGAUGCUUGAUGUUUGCUGGAUAUUAAUACAGUAACAAAACAUCAGUGACACACAUGAUGGUCUGAAGCGGACACACACGGUUCAGAGAUGCUCUUAAAACGGUUUACCAUGGUAAUCAUAGUUUCUGUCAAAAUACCAUAGUAAAACAAUAACUAACUGGCAGUUUCAACAAACACUACAACGAUUUGUUUAAAAAAGUAAAUUUUAAAAAAUCCUUUAAUUUGAGAAAUAAGCUAGAUAUCUUGAAUGAUUUAUGAAUUAAUUUAGACUUAAUUUACCACCUCU